UAAAAGCACUACGCGGCUGAUUUAAAAUGGAGAUAGUGUGUUUUGAAAAGAUGUAGAUGUGCGUUCUAAUCAAUGUAAACAAGUGCAAUACAUUUUAAAUUAAAAAUGAGAUCGUGUUUUAAAUGCGCUAAUGAUAAAGAACCGUUUAUAACGUGUAAUGUGUGUAGGAAAAAUGUGCAUCCGAAUUGUGUAAGUGCAGGAAGAUUACCAGGCUCACUCCUAGGGGAUGUUUUCUUCGAUUACACUUGUUCCGACUGCAGUUUCUGGAAAACUGAAGAGUUCUGGAGGCAGAAACUUUCGUGGAUCAAUAUUUUGAUACUUACACUGUACAAUCUUCAGCAGAGGUCAGGAGAAGUCAGUUUGCGAGGAUAUUUUCAUUGGAAAGUACACAUAUGUGCUUUUAUCCAUAAACACUGGGAUACAUUGGUUGGCCAACAUUAUUUGCCACGGAAAAAAAACUGGUAUGGGACAGUCUCAGGUACUCUAUCCCACUUUAGCCCGGAAUUCUUUUCUUCUGGAUCUGAGGAGCUAAAAGAACCUGGAUGGUGGCGUUUAACACAUUCUCUUGAACCCUACUUCAUAAUGGAUAUAUACCUAAGAAAAGGGAAGAAACGUCCAAAUGAGGAAGUGAGUAAUGCAGAACAGAGAACACAGAAGCAAGCAUGUCUGCCAGAAGAUGUGUUGUCCCACAUGAGUGAUGAAUCUGAGAAAUCUGAUUCUUACAUUACAGAGGAGACAAGCCAUAACCCAAGAGAAGAAAUAAUUUUUAUGAGUGCAGACAACUUCAGUGCUGAAGAAGUGCUUGAUGGUGAUGAAAGUAAACCAAGCAGCUUCAGUGAUUUAAAGCUAGAGCAGACAGCAAGUGACAAUUAUAUAAUUAGAACUGGAGCAGAAGAUAAACAAAAUUCCAAUGAAGAUUCUCUGGAAUAUCUAGAGAGCAUGAUAUCAGCAAAUUUAGAUGGAGAAGAGAACAUUGAUCUGGAUUUUGAUUUCUGUUUUGAUAAGGAUGGGAAGGAAGAACAAGUGAACAAGUGUGUUGCAGGAAGCAGCAAAAGAAAGGAACUUAUGAGUGAAGGUGAGAGUGAAAGUGGAAAUGAAGAUGAAAAGAGUGAAACUGAAUUUAUUGAAAAUGAAUUUAAGCCUCUCCAGAGCUUGUUCACAGUGAACAGUGAAACUUGUUUAAGAACAAGAAAAGAUAGUGGUGAUCAUGAUAGUGAUAUUGAGUGUAGUUAUAACAAUCCAUGUGAGAAUGAUAGUGAUGGUGAUGACUGUAGUGCUUACAGUGAAAGUUCUGAAAGAAAUGAAGACAAUUUUGUCUGUAUAGAAACUGUAGGACACCGUGACUGUCAAGAACGAUUAAAAACUGAAAGUAGCUCCACUGUGGGACAGCAGAUUUUGGUACCAAAGAGUGAACCAGAAAGUGGAACUGAUGAUGAUGAUGAUUAUGAAGAAGAAGAUUUGGAGUGUAAUCCUGAACUGACAGUUGAGGAGGAUGUUGACUCCAAAGAAGACCAUCAAAUUAGAAGGAUCAAGAUUAAGAAUGAAUACCCCACUUCACAAGACAGCCUAACAGUGAGGGAGAAAACCCCAAAGUCGCAGUUAAGAUACAUGAGCCCUUAUGAUGAGCUGGUACUGCUGAAACGAUUGCACAACAUAGUACAAAAGAAACAUGAUGUACCAUCCCACAUAUACCGCUAUUACAGAAAGUUGCAUGUGCGUAAACUGAAGAGAGAUAAAAAUAUGCCAUUAUUCAACUUAGACCACUUUUUAAGGACCAAAGAGCCAGAAUGGAGUUAUGAAAGAAACACCACUUUCAAGAAAAUACCUCGUGAUGAUGAAGUUCGAAUUCUUGAUAGGUAUCAGGUUCCAUCUUCUAGUGAUUCUGUUUGUCUGUCGGUGGAAGAAUCUUUCUUAGUGAAGUUGGUGGGUUCAAGUCUGCUCAAACCAUUUUACAGCCCAUAUACUAAAAGAAUGAUUAAACCAUACAUUCGUCAAGACUGGGAUUCAAAACCUCUCUGGAUGAAAUUCCUUCAGGAAUUGGAUGAGAAAACUAACAGAACCAAUCCGUCAUGGCAGCCACUUCAGUUACAUCCUAUAGACUACUGUUACAUACAGCGUGAGCAUGUGCCUGUGAUUAAUGCUCUGUGUCACGAAUAUUUUUAUCCUGGAAUUGAUGUUUCUGAAUGUCUACAUUAUCCAGAAUUCACCUGUGUUGUGCUUUACAAGAAGCUUGUAGUAGGUUUUGCGAUAAUGGUGCCAGAUGUAUCUAAUGUUGAGGCGUAUAUUUCAUUCAUUUUUACAAGACCGGAAUGGAGAAAAGCUGGGAUUGCAACAUUUAUGUUAUACCAUUUAAUACAGACAUCUCAAGAAAAAGAUGUGACAUUGCACGUGUCUGCCAAAAAUUCUGCAAUGAUUCUGUACCAGAAAUUUGGAUUCAAGAUUGAAAAAUUUGAAUAUAACUUUUAUGAGAGAUAUUUUCCAUUUUAUUCCAAGGAGUGUAAGCAUGCUUUAUUUUUGCGUUUGGAGAAGUAGAUUGCUGAAAUAUCUGUCCGUAUAAUGAAUUUAUGAUUGUUCAAAAACAUUAUUUAUUCUUUGUACAUUCUCC